ACUAGACAGUUGGAUGUUAAAGAUCACGGAGAGGAGAAGAUCAACCAGAGUUUCUAAUCUUCACACUUUGUGCUGCUGGUGCUGUUGUGUCUCAGACAUGGAGUCCUGCAGGGUUCCUCACCAUGUCCUGCUUUCAUUCACCCUCAUCUUCAUCUUCAUCUCUAUCCCAGUACCUGCAUCAGCUGAAGAUACUGUACAGGUGAAGUUUAAUCAGCGUGCAGUUCUGCCUUGUAAACGGAGAUGUUCUGGUGAAGCCAAAUGGACUCUGUUCAGUAAUAGAAGUGUUGUAGUGGCUCAGUGUGAUCAGACGUCCUGCAGAUCAUCAGAUGGAUAUAAAAUGUCUCAUGAUCAGUACCUGAAAGGAGAUCUGAGCCUCACCAUCACUGCAGCUGAUUACAGUAAGAGGAACAGGUACACGUGUGUGUGUGAUGGUGAUGACAUUGAACAUGUUCUUCUCAGCAUCAAUCCCAUGAAAUCUUCACUUCACAUAUACCCUGGUGAAGAUCUGCAGCUGGAGUUACACGUAUCAGAGAGAGUGGAGGUGACCUAUAGGAGUAAAUAUUCAGGAGAUCUAUAUGGUGAACAGAUCUGCAGUGUGGAGAGAAGAUCACUGACCUGUACAGAUAAAUACACAUGGAGAACAUCACUCACUAACACACUUCUUACUCUGAGAGGAAUAAAAGUAUCUGAUGGAGGAGUUUACAGCGUCCAGGACUCAGUGAAUAAAGAAGAUCUUCAUAUUUACUCAGUAUCAGUGAGAGAUCUCGACUCAGGUGCUAAGAGGGCUUCCACAAUGUGGAUGAUUGUCCUGCUGCUGCUGCUAGUGGUUGGUGCAGUGUAAACAAAUUUAAGGAACCCUGCAUCAGCAGAUUUAUAUAGAGAAACAUCUGAGAAGUUAAAAGAGGUGAAAGGUGAGCAGGAGAAGAACAAAUCAUCAUCUGAAAUAUUCCACAGCAUCGACUGGAAGAGACUGAUAGACCUUAAACAGUAUGAGCUGGGAGUGAUCAGUGUGCAUAAUGUAAUUGCUGUAUAUGUGUGUCAUGGCAGAUUUUGGUGCUGAUUUGAGACAUAAAUAAAACAAAUUAAUUGAUUAACAAAA